AAAAAAUAUGAACUAGAGACAAAGUUGUUUCUUGUACUAGGAAUAGAACUUAUCUGACUAAUUUCAUACGUUCUAAUGGGUUUGAAGCAAGUAACACAGACAUUCGUGUCACUUAUGUUCCCACAGCCAAACUAUGGCAUCGGGGGAGUUAUCACGUGACCCGGGAUCCAUUAAAAUUUUAGGCCAUCGCUAGCAUCUCGAAACCCCAAAUCACCAUUAUGGCCCGUAAGAACAAAACUUCGGGUAAAAAGAGAAGCUCCCGUAAGAUCUUGGAUGCCUACCAGAUCGCGGAAAGAGCUGAGAAUCGUUCCGACUCCAACGACGACUCCGGGGACGAGAAUGACGUGCAAGAUGGUAUCUUGGAUGCCAGAAGGUUUCUCAAAGACGGGCAAGCAGGGGAUGAAUUUGAAGACGAAGAGUUGGAUUCCGAUGAAGCUUUGGGGUCUGAUGAUGACUACGAUGUUUUGAACUCCAAAUUUUCCCAGACCAUCAGAGACAAGGCCAAAAAGCAAAAAGAAAAAGAGAAGAGAAGAAGAAGAGGAGAGAUGAACAGCGAUGACGAGAGCGACGAAGAAGAGGACGAUGCCUACGAUAGUAUAGAUGAAACCCAGUUAGUCACCUUGUCCGAAGCCUGGGAUAUGGACGAGAAGGACUUCAAGAAAAGCCAAAAGAACAAGGAGGGUGGAAAUGAAGUCAUUUUGGACGAUGCCUGGGAAUCCGAAUCGGAGUCGGAAUCCGAAUCGGACUCUGACGAUGAUGACGAGGAAGAUGAUGCCUCUGGCUCUGACGAGGAGGAUAUCUUCGACAACGAAGCCGACGAUGAUGAUGUUGACUUGAAAAAUACCGUCAGUCAUUUGAAAUCCCAACUAAAGAAAGCACCAGCCGAAAAGAGAAAGUUGAUCACCGAAUCGACUGCCGAAAACGAAUUCAGCGUUCCUGCUGGUUCCCAGGGCUUGUCGUUGGCCGAAAUGAUGGCUGCUGUGGAUUCUUCUGUGUCCCAAGAUGCCAUUUUGAUUGAUACUCAGAACACGGAAAAAUCUAAGGCUUUAGCCACCCCAUUGCCAAAGAGAAUCCAAGAAAGACACGAUAGGAAGGUUGCGUACGAGAUCUCCAAGAAGGAAGUAAGCAAGUGGCAAGACACUGUCAAUCAAAACAGAGAUGCCGAGGUAUUGAAGUUCCCCAUGGCAGCUCCAGGCACCAAGAAGUCGGCCCCUGUGAGUUUACCCUCAGAAGAAAGCUCCAACGUGAAGUCUAACCUCGAAGACAAGAUCAACAGUGUGCUUGCGGCAUCUUCGUUGGUCGACGACCAGAAGGAGGCCACCUUCGAACAAAUCCAAGUGGCCAAAUUGUCACCAGCAGAAAUGAUCAAGAGAACCAAAGAAUUGAGGAUGAUGAGAGAAUUGAUGUUCCGUGAAGAAGCCAAGGCACGGAGAAUCAAGAAGAUCAAGUCCAAGCUGUACCACAAGAUCAAGAAGAAGGAAAGGUUAAGAAACGAGGAAUUGGUGGAGGGCGAAGAAGAUUCUGAUAACGAGGACCACGACAUGAAGAGAGCGGAGGAAAGAAUGAACUUGAGACACAAGACCAACUCCAAGUGGGCCAAGUCCAUGAUCAAGAGUGGGUUGUCCAAAGACGCCUCCAAUCGUGCCGAGUUAGAGGAAAUGUUGAGAAACGGCGAGAGAUUGAGAGCCAAGCAGUUGGGCUACGAGGACGGUGAUCAGAGUGACGACAACGUCAGUGACAUCGAAAAUGAAUAUGCGAACGAGCAAGACGACGUUGAUAGGGCCAAGUUGGGCAAGGGUGUGUUGGCGAUGGACUUCAUGAAAAACGCUGAACAUAGAAGAAGACAGGAAAAUAUGAAGGACUUGGAAGAGUUGAGAAAGUUGGAGGCUGGAGACAAUGGAGAGGACGAGUUUGCCUCGGUGCACAACUCCGUCGAUACCCACUUGAACCAGGGCAGAAGAGUCUACGCCCCAAGCUCGAUUGCCAUGAAGGAAAGCAUAGAAGAAGUCAACAGGGACACCCUCCAAGAGCUUGCUGACGACGAGGCCCACAACUUGGUCACCAAAUUGGGCAAGAAAUUCGAACCAGAAGUCAGAGAGGUGCAAGGUCUGGAAAAGCACGAGGAGGAACCAGAGCAAAAGGUGUCAGAAGAAGCAUUGAACGACUCUGAAGCAUCCAACCCAUGGUUGACUGCAUCCAGCGAGCCCAUCAAGAAGUCCAGCAAGGUGGUGGCUGUGGACCAAACCUCAUCCAAAUUGGCCAAGUCUGCGGCCAAGAUUGCAAAAUCCAAAAAGAGAUCCUCGUCGCAAAGAGACGCUGGUGAUAACACAGUGAUUGAUAUUCUGAACACCAUCAGAAUUGCUGACCAGAGUGACGACGACCACGACGAAGAUGGCGCCACCAUGUUCACCCAAGCCGAAUUGAUCAAACAAGCAUUUGCUGGAGACGAUGUGGUGAAGGAGUUCGAGGACGAGAAGAAGCAAGUGAUUAUCGACGAAGACGACAAGGAAGAAGACGUCACUCUUCCAGGGUGGGGAGACUGGGCUGGUGCCGAUGCCAGACCAAAGAAGAAAAAGAAGUUUGUGCGUACCAUCGAUGGUGUCGCUCAGGCAGACCGCAGAAAGGAUAAGAACUUGAAGGAUGUGAUCAUCAACGAGAAGGUCAACAAGAAGAACUUGAAGUAUCAAUCCAGUGCUGUGCCAUAUCCAUUUGAGUCCAGAGAACAGUACGAGAGAUCGUUGAGAAUGCCAAUCGGACAAGAAUGGACCUCCAGAGAAACCCACCAACGGUUGACCAUGCCUAGAAUCAUCACCAAGCAAGGUUCUGUUAUCGACCCAUUAAAAGCUCCAUUCAAGUGAGCGUGUAACAUAGUUAAUAUCCAUAGGAGAAUACAAGUAAAAGAUACUAGAAGCUACA